ACGCUUUGACACUCGACGCUCCCAUGUAAUAGCACCUUUACACUUCACUCGCCGAAGUAAACAUGGCGGCAAAACUUUUAGGGUUAGAUAAGCUGGCCACAUUUGUGCGUAUAAUACGCGAAAAUGGAGGAAUUCUUAAUUCUUUAAAAACAUUAUACAGGACAGACGAAUUGAAGACAGGUACUCUGGUUGGAGUAGAUAAAUAUGGAAAUCGAUAUUACGAAAAUAACAUGUAUUUUGUAGGUCGUAACAGAUGGGUGAUGUAUGCCGAUAAAGUUGGACUUAAUUACGAUGGCUCACAAGUUCCACCAGAAUGGUUUGGUUGGUUACAUUACAAAACAGAUUUACCGCCACAUAAGGAUCCGACUCGACCAAAGUACAAAUGGAUGUUGGAUCAUCAACCAAAUAUGAGCGGUACCAAUCAAGCUUACAUGCCCUACAGUACCACAAAACCCAAGAUUGAACCCUGGCAGCCACAGUGAUAAGUUCAAAAUAGUAAUGAGAAUUAAAUAGUGAAGCAAUUUGUGACAGUAAUGAAGUAAAAUAUGUAAAUAAAGUGAUUAUAUGUAAAUAAAAUGAUUAUAUAAAUACAUACAAAAAUUA